AUGACUAUCAUAAGCCGGCCGUACACUAGCUCCGAAUUGUUCCCACACGGUGGUUGGGACGUUCACCACCAUAUUUUUGACCCGGCCAAGUUUGCGUAUGCCCCAGAUCGACACCUUACUCCACCUCCGGCGACCGUCCAACAGUUCCUCGACUUCAAAAAAAAGAUUGGUAUUACGAAUUCAGUCCUCACCCAUGGUCUAUCAUAUGGAUCGGACUGCACAUCACUCAAAGCAUUCGUUCAGGAGCUAGGGAACUCGGGGACCAAAGGCAUCGGGGUCAUCGACCCUGACACAAUUACACCGGGGGAACUCCAGGAGAUGCACAGCAAGGGGAUUCGGGGGAUCCGAGUCAACUUGUACAAAUACCAGGCCAUGCAUGAUGUGCAACGACAAAAGCAGGCUCUGCGUGAGCAUGUCCGGGCAAUUGGAGCGCACUGUCCCGGUUGGAGUAUGGCAUUUACGCAUGUGCAUCCCGAGUUCUGGGGAGAGCUGGCACCCAUGAUCCAGCAGGACAUUGUGCCUUCGGGCAUUCGUCUAGUUACCGACCACUUUGCAUUGCUCAAGGGCGCUAGUAUGCUACCUGCGGAGUGCGAGGGGGAUAUCACUCGACAGCCCGGCUUUAGAGAAAUCAUGGACCUUGUCCGCGCCGGAGUCCUUUAUGUGAAACUUAGCGCUCCAUACCGGGUGAGCCUUGAGGCCCCCCGGUAUAUGGAAUUGAAGCCGCUGGUCCGCGCGUUCCUUGAUGCUAAUCCACAACACGUCCUUUGGGGAAGCGACUGGCCUCAUACUCCCCACAUGAAGGUGCGUACGCGUGAAGAGGCACUACGAGAGACUCCAUACUUGAUAGCGGAUGAUGUGGAAUGGUUAAAGAAUUUGCGGUCAUGGGUGAGUGCGGAGGAGUGGCACGCGAUGAUGGUGUUGAACCCGACGAGACUGUAUGGAUGGUGACCCGGAUUUCCCGGCCCAACUACCUUGCCUGAUGACUGCUAUGGCCUGUCAGAAGCUAGCCCAAUCAAUCUUAGUGUGAAUCACCUGAUCUGGGACUAAACCCUGAAUGGUCGGCGACGGGACCACCUCCGACCGCCGACCUCCGAACCUCCACCCGCUUCCCUGCGAAUUGUGGCCACGUCCUCCUUGAUAGUUCCAUACCCCGGUAGCUUAUCUAAAUC